UGCAAAACCUGUCAAAGGACCGGGGAAACCGCGAAGGGCCGCGGACGCGCAGUAUCACCGCGCCCGACUGCGGGCUGCACCGAGAUCGCUACGUGACGUUUUCUGACAGCAUGAAGUUUCUCACGGAAAACGCGGGACUCGCAGCGCCAGCAAAAGUGCUGACGCGAAAGAACGUGUGGGAGGUUGUGGACGACAGAACUGGUUCAUCAAGUGUGGUUACCACGAAGGAGAGCUCGCCGCGGGGAGAUGAACGAGAUGCCAUUAUCCGACAUAUCGAAGCGAAGCAGCCAACACAACUAACCGAGCAAGCUGCAUCAACACCAGCGUCGUCCGCAGCCAAGCUACUUCUGCAGCACCUCAUCCCUGAGCGGCUCCGCGAUAUCCACCGUUUGUCCUACGUCACCUGGGACGGCAUGUUGGUCGGCGAGCUCGGAAUUUUCCGUAUUUGGCAGGAGGAUUAUGUUUUCCCUCGGGGCCGAUGGUUCGUGAACGAGCUGAGCAGCCGAUUCGCGCGCCGCCACAGCUGCCACGGCGGCACGGUGGUGAUGCUGGUGGUGGCCUACCACACCUUUCUGCUAGACUUGCAGUUCGCGCACGCGGCCAAUAUUUUGCUGGAAUUGGCGGAGUAUCUCCUUUUGCGCCCGGAAUCGGU